AUGUCUCGAGAUGGGGAUGGCUGUCUCGGAAGCGGGGGAGGCGAUGACGCGAGUGACGGCGAUGGCGACGGCGAAGGCAAGGAAACGAGCCUGGGACCGCUAGACGCCUCGUCACCAGCUGCUGAAGUUGCCGACGCACCGAAGAAACGGAAGAAGCCCAAGAAGAAAAAGAAGGGGCCAAAGCCUCUGCCUCUGCCUACCAAGCAGUCGUCACCACCGCGAGUCUUGCUGAGCAACCUCUUCCCCUCCGGCGAGUAUCCCGAGGGUGAAGUGCAACAUUACACCUCAGCCCCAACGGCAGCGGCCGAAGCACGCUACAAUGCCCGUCAGAGCUCGGUCGACGACGUCUUCCUCCAGAACUACCGCAAGGCCGCCGAGGUCCAUCGCCAGACUCGACAAUGGGUCCAGGAAAGCGUCAAGCCCGGACAGACACUCCUGGACAUUGCCGAGGGGAUCGAGGAUAGCGUCAGGGCCCUCCUGGGACAUGCGGGACUGGAAACGGGAGACAGUCUCAAGGCCGGCAUGGGCUUCCCCACCGGUCUCUGCCUCAACCAUCAGGUCGCGCACUACACGCCGAACCCGGGUCAAAAGGACGUCGUGCUGCAGCACCAGGACGUCCUGACGGUCGACUUUGGCGUCCACAUUAACGGCUGGAUUGUCGACAGCGCCUUCACCAUGGCGUUUGACCACACGUACGACAAUCUUUUGGCAGCUGUGAGGGACGCCACUGAUACGGGAGUCAAGGCCGCCGGGGUUGACGUGCGCAUAAGCGACGUCAGCGCUGCGAUCCAAGAAGCGAUGGAGAGCUACGAGGUCGACAUCCGCGGCAAGACCUUCCCCGUGAAACCGGUGCGCAACCUCUCCGCCCACAAUAUCAAGCAGUACCGCAUCCACGGCGGGAAGUCGAUCCCGUUCGUCAAGAACAGAGACCAAACCAAGAUGGAGGAGGGCGAGGUCUUUGCCAUUGAGACGUUCGGCACGACGGGCCGCGGCUAUGUACACGAUGAUGUGGGCAUCUACGGCUACGGGCUGAAUCACGAUGCCCCAUUGACUGUACCUCUCCCCUUGGCCUCAGCCAGACGCCUGCACAAAACGAUCAGAGAGAAUUUCAGCACGCUGGUCUUCUGCCGGCGCUAUCUCGACAGGCUUGGAUUGGAGAGGUAUCUCGCUGGCAUGAAUUCUCUCGUCUCCCACGGGAUCGUGGAGGCUUAUCUACCGCUGGCGGAUGUUCAAGGAUCGUACUCGGCCCAGUUUGAGCACACUUUCCUACUGCGGGAGACGCACAAGGAAGUCUUCAGUCGCGGCGCCGACUAUUAG